UGCCAGAUCCCCUUCCACUCUCUCCAAGUUCUUCAGCCUCUCUUCCCUCUCCUCUCUCCACAUGUCAUCUGUCUCUUCUUCUUCAGAGGAGGAGGAAGGAUCACAGACCUCCUCCCCUUUUAGUGCUUCCUCUGUUUCCCUGGCUGUCUCAACUCAGUCAUCCUCCUCUGCCACUCCCCCCAGUCCUGCCUGCCCUUCCUCCACAACCCACGUCUCCUCCCCUGCCCCCAGUCCUCCUCUCCAAACCCCGUGGACCACCAUGGAGAGACCAACAAAGACAGUGAGACUGCCAGAGAUCUUAUGAGCUCUGAGGUCAAAGAGGUGGGGGCAUUUGUUCCACAGACAAAGAGAAUGGUACCCCGAUUUGCUGGCAUCGCAGAGGCCUCCAUUGACCUGAGGGAUUCCUCUGUCUCCUUGGAGAGGCCAUUGGUCAGGCCUCGGGAAGCCAUGGCUCGCCUCCCAAACCUGUUCAGCAAGAGUAGCACCCAGCUGGGGGAGCAGAGCUGCACAGGCGAGGGCGAAGACAACACCAAGCUCCUCGGGUUGCCUAAUAUUGGCAACACCUGCUUCAUGAACUCUGCUCUGCAGUGCCUGCUGGGGCUGCCAGCAUUUUGCAGAGACAUCCUGAAACAGCAGGACACCUGGAGUUCCUCCCCCUCCUCUAAACUGCUAUGCUGCUUUGCCGAGUUACAUCAGGCAAGGCUUUCUGGAGGCACUGUCAAUGCUAAGAAAAAGGAAAAGAUGAAAAUCCUUCAAACAGUCAAGCGCUGUCUCUCCGUUGUCAAUGAGGACUAUGAGGACGACGGUGAACAGGAUGCCCAUGAAUGUGUGUUGCUCCUCCUCUUUCAGCUGAAGGAGGAGGGUAUGGCAUUAAAGGGCUCCCCAGAGCCAUACACCUGCCCCGUGAAGCAGUUAGAAUUCAAGCUGAAGACUUUCCGUACCUGCACCAGCUGUGGAGUUAUAGUGUAUGGUCAGGAGGAUUACAAUCACCUGUCACUGAACCUGAGCCAAGACCUGACACACAGCCUGGACCUCUACUUUAAGCCAUCUGCAUUAGAGUGUGCAUGCAGGGUGUGCUCAGGCAGCAUGGCAUCUGUGACUAGGCACUUCCUCACGCUGCCCCGGGUCCUAAUGCUUCAUAUCAAGCGGUUUACUGCAGGCAACUGGGAGCCAGAGAAGGUGGAUGAUCCCAUAUCCAUCCCUGCAGAACUGACCCUCCCAGCCGUAUGUGGGGCGACAGCCCCUGUCCAGCAUGGAGCCAGGGCAAGCUCCAUGGGGAAAAACAACAUGGACAACACACCUGCAAACUCCCCGAAAGGCACCCUUGAUAGACCAGCUUCAAAUUCCUCUGACCAGCUAGAGAAACCAGCUGACAGUGAGAAAGAGCAGCAGGCAGCCGCUGUGAGACACCAGCCAGACAAUAUCUACAAAUUGUCAAGUGUGAUCUCACAUCUGGGAGACAACAUGUGUACAGGUAAAAUGCACGCACGCACACACAAUUCUGAAAGCUUAAUGUACACUCUAUUCUGUUUCCCUUGUUCCCUAGGCCACUACAUCAGUGAUGUUUUGGACAGCCGUGGCAGUGGGUGGCUCUGCCUGGAUGACGCACAUGUCUUGAGGACAGAUGAGGCCACUGUGCUGAGGGCAACGGCACAGACUGCCUACAUCCUGUUCUAUGUCUGCAGUGGAGCAGGUGAAGGAGACCAGGCCCCUCACUACUAGGAGAAGCACCAGGAGAACCCAUCGUUAGGGGCACAGCGCUCAGGGACCACCUGGAGUAGCACCUACCGCACACCAAGAAACAUCAGAUUCAUCGAAUUAGGAUGCCCUAGACCACCAUCAAGCUGCCCUAGACCACCAUCAAGCUGCCCUAGACCACCAUCAAGCUGCCCUAGACCACCACCAAGCUGCCCUAGACCACCACCAAGCUGCCCUAGACCACCACCAAGCUG